AUGGUGUCUCUGCGCAGCGGAAAUCGCACAACGAGGCCAUCUCCGAAAGAAGUAGAAAAAAAUGAAGCUCCGAAGCCCGAGGAUACACCGAGACGUCGUGUGGGAUCGGGACCGAGAGCUACAAAGAAAGUGUUCGAUGAACCAGAAAUUGAAGAUGAAAAUGAGCAAGAGAAAAACGUUCCGCCAGUGACUCCAAGAUCAUCACGAAGAGUGGCAUCAAAAACUGCUGAAACUGCUCAAUCGGCAGAGGAGCCAACAUUUGAUGAAGUUGAAGUUACACAAGUUAAAGCGGUUAAACGAGGUUCACAAACUAUUCCCGAUGAAAAGGAAGGAGAUAAGGCCUCUCCGGAAAAACUAAACCCAGAUGGUUCUCCAGUCAUGACCCUUAGAUCUUCACGAAGAUUGGCACCAAAAACGGAGACUCCAGAAAAUAUAGAGAAUGCGCUGGAUUUGGUGGAGAAAAAAAUUUUGAAGAAUCAGGAAGCUUCUGACAUUUCUCCAGUUAAGAAACAAGGCUCUCCAAAAGCUUGUUCGGUCGAAACUAGUGACGAUCUCUCGGAAGACAUGUCAACCGAACGAAAAAGUGAGGGGUCGAAAGAUGUUUUCCUUAAUUCAAGCGAUGAAACCGAUGACGUGCCGGAAACAGAUUAUGAAGAGGAGCCGAUGGAAGUUGGUGAGGAAGAACCAAAAGACACACGCGUUGAAAAUACUGAAGUUGUGUACUCCGACGAUGAUGAUGACGAGCCAAUGGAGAUUUCUUCUAAGAAGCCAGAGAUGCCGAUCACUGAAGAAAAGGCUGAUUCAGAUGGCGAUAUGCCGAGGAAGAUAACUUCAAAGGUUGUGAACGAAUUAUAUGAAGAACCAAAGAGUGCCAUGGCUAAAAUUUUGGAGAAGAAGGCGAAGCAAACGGAAAAGUCGGCGGCGAAAAAGUUGAAGAAGAGAAAUAAGAAAAAAGAAGCAAAGAAGAUCACUGAUGGAGUCUUUCAAGUUAAAAUGAAAAAUAGCAAAGCCAAGUUCAACGUCGUUACUCUGAAGAAAGGAGUUCAGAAGAUUCUGGAACCUGAAGUAAACUUCCGUGAGGAACUUCUAAAGUCAAGAACUGCUGGAACCCGCUGCGCAGACACCGAGAAAUAUCUUCAACGCGCAGCCUGGGUGUCGAAGUGA